CGCUGGAAGACGCGGGACAGCGAGGAGUACGAGGCCGAGGGACAGCUGCGCUUCUGGAACCCGGAUGACCUGAACGCCUCCCCUGGCACCUCGCCCAGCCCAGACUGGAUAGAGGAGAAGCUGCAGGAGGUCUGUGAGCACCUGGGCAUCACCAGGGAUGGCCACCUGAACAGGAAGAAGCUGGUUUCCAUCUGUGAGCAGUACGGGUUGCACACGGUGGCUGGGGAGGUGCUUGAAGAGGUGCUCCACAACCUGGAGCAAGAUGGGACCAUGAGCGUAGAGGAUUUCUUUUAUGGGCUGAUUAAAAACGGGAAGUCGCUGACCCCCUCGGCGUCCACCCCGUACCGACAGCUGAAACGCCACCUCUCCAUGCAGUCCUUCGACGAGAGCGGGCGCCGCACGACCACCCCCUCGGCCAUGCCCAGCACCAUCGGCUUCUCCCUCUUCUCCAGCCUGGAUGAUGGGAUGGGAUACGGCUGCGUGGAGGGGGUCCUGGACUGCUGGCACCAGGAGGGCAUAGAGAACAGCCAGGAGAUCCUGAAGGCUUUGGACUUCAGCUUGGAUGGGAAGGUGAACUUGACGGAGCUGACGCUGGCACUGGAGAACGAGCUGCUGAUCACCAAGAAUGGGGUCCACCAGGCAGCCCUGGCGAGCUUCAAGACGGAGAUCAGGCACCUCCUGGAGAGGUUUGACCAAGUGGCCAGAGAGAAGGAGAAGCUGCGUUCGGACUUGGAGAAGGCCGAGAAGCUGAAAUCCCUGAUGGCCUCGGAAGUGGACGAUCACCACGCCGCGAUCGAGCGCCGCAACGAGUACAACCUCAGGAAGCUGGACGAGGAGUACAAGGAGCGAAUCGCGGCUCUGAAGAACGAGCUGCGCAGAGAGCGGGAGCAGAUCCUGCAGCAGGCCAACAAACAGAGGCUGGAGCUGGAGCAGGAGAUUGAAAAGCUGAAGACGGAUGAGAAUUACAUCCGGGACCGCCUGGCCCUGUCCCUGAAGGAAAACAGCCGCCUGGAGAGCGAGCUGCUGGAAACGGGAGAAAAACUGGCUGAGUGCGAAAGUUUGGCAAGCAAACUGCAGAGGAACUUGGAAAACGUCCUGGCUGAGAAGUUUGGUGACCUGGAUCCCAACAGUGCAGAGUUUUUCCUGCAGGAGGAGAGACUGGCCCAAAUCAAGAGUGAAUACGAGCAGCAGUGCAGAGGGCAACUGGCUGAGCUGAAGAGGAUGAGGUGCCCCAAGGGUGGGCUUGGGAAAGGCGGGAUUGAGCCUGACCAAGGACUGGGUUCAGAAGACUGUAACCCGUUAAAUAUGAGCAUAGAGGCGGAAAUGGCCAUUGAGCAAAUGAAGGAGCAACAUCACAGGGAUCUCUAUCACCUCAAACAGGAGCUUGAAGACACGGUGAGCCAUUAUGAAAAGCAGCUGGACGAGACAAAAGCCCGCUGGGAGAAGGAGCAGGAGGACCUGAGGAAGAAGCACUCCCAGGAGAUGAAUGCCAUGGAAAAGCAGAUCCUUGACCUCAAAACUCAGAUAGCAGAGCUGCAGGGAGAGGCAGCAGCGCUCAGGGAGCAGCAGGAGGAGCUCGACCACAAACACAGCGACGAGAAGGACAAACUACGGAUGCGCUCGGAGGAGGAAAAGGCCAACCUGCAGGAGCUGCUGAGGCAGGAGCACGAGGAGGACGUCAGAGCCAGGCUGGAGGAGCUGAACGAGAAGUUCAGUCAGGAGCGGGAAGAGCUGAUCCAGAACGGCGUCUGGGUGGAGGAGAGGAUGCGAGUCCUGGUGCGGACGCUGCGGGAGGAGAAGGGAGAGCUGGAGCGCGGCUUCCACGAGCAGCUGAAGAGGCUGGCGGAGGUGCACGCCCUGGAGAAGGAAGAGCUGCAGCAGGAGCUGCUGAGGAAGCACGAGCAGCAGCUGGAGGAGGAGAGGAAUAAAAUGGCAAGUGACUAUAACAGAAGAGCAUCUCAUGCACAGAGCCAGUUUUCUGUGGACACACAAAUGCUUGUGAGCAAAUAUGAAGAAAGCCUGCAGAGCCUGGAAGGGCGUUACCAGCGGGAGCUGCGUGAACUCGCCGAGCAGCGGAGGGAGGAGAAGUCCCAGUGGGAGUUCGAGAGGGAGGAAAUCGCUCAGGAGGUGGCUGAAGCCCACGAGCACCUGAAGGAGAGCCUGGCGAACGAGAAGGCCGUUUCUUCUGCCCUGAGCCAGGAGAGGGACCUGCUGGAGAAGAACUUCAAGGAGGAGGUGAACAAGCUGGUGUGCGAGAGGGAGCAGCUGGAGAAGGAGCUGCGAGACCUGAGGAGCGCUGCCGAGGAGCAGGAGAAAAAGCUGAGUGGGGAAAUAGCCCAGCUCCAAAACGACCACGAAAAAGAGCUAAGGGACAAAGAUGAGUUAAUAUCCAUGGUGGAGGAAAAUGGGAAGCUGGUUAGGCAGAAGCUGGAGAGACUGGACAGUGAGUAUAAGCAGGAGAAAGAGGAGCUCAACUCCAGGCUCCUUGCUCUGGAGAGUUUAAACAAAGACAUUUGUGCGAGGGCAGAGACAGAAAAGGCAGAGAUGAGCUCGGAAAUCUCAGCCCUUCGAGGGAAAAUCCAGAAACUGCAGUGGGAGGCCCGUAGCUUUUCCGCCCUGCGGAGCCACUACAGGGCCCUGGAGAGCGAGUACGCAAAAGCCAAGAGCAAAAUUGCUUCUUGCCCUGGUACAGCAGCUCUGGGGGAUGAUGCAGAAGUCUUCCAAAACCUGCAGAAGGUGCACGAGCAGGCUGUGAAGGAGAAUGUCAGGAUGGCUGCCCAGAUCCUCCGGCUGCGGCACCGGCUCCGAGCCGCGCAGCGGGAACGACCUCCCAGUCCCGGCUGCUCCGACUCCGGCUCAGAACCAGAGGGAACAGAUCCCAGUUUUGAAGGGCUGCCCAGUGAUUGUCAAGAUGAAGAGAAGGGAAUGGAUUCCAACGUCCCUCCGCCUUUGGAGGGUGAUAGCACAGACAUGGAAGAUCUGACAGAGGUGGAUUCAGAUUUGGAGGAAGGACGUGCGAAAGCCGGAGAGGGCGGCAACUCACUCAGGGCACAGGGGUGUUGGAUAGAAGGAAGUGAAGCAGCUCAGGAUGCUGAUGGCAAUGAGGAUUGUGACAGGAACCAAGAGCUGCCUUCGUGGGUGCCUCUGCUGCCAAAAAAGAGGGAUCUUGAGAAAGUUCCUGGAGCAAAAAUGCUACACAACGAUGUUAAACUGCAGAAGGUUCCUCCUCUAAAUGGCAGAAUAGCUCCCAAAAAUAGAGGGCUUGUUUCUGAUGCUUUGAAGCUGCAGGUUGAGCUUGAAAAGGCUGAAGAACUGAGUGAAGCCUCUUCCCUGUUGGAUCACGCUCCUGGAUCAACAGGUGGUGACCUGAAGAGCGUUAUAGCUCAGCUUUGGGAAAGGGUUGAAGAGUUGGAAGACAGAUCCAUGGCACAGGCCGAGCUUCUGUCACUACAGGAAGAAAUCCAGGUGGAAAAUGAGGAUCUGAAAGCUGAAAUGAUACAGUUAAUUGAAAGGAAUAAAGUGCUCGAAGACAACCUGCAAAGGCUGAGAAGCCUUCAUCGCAGACGGGAAGACAGUGAGCUGGAAAGCGACAAGUUCAAGGAGGGAAACACAGAGCUCCUCCAAAACAUCACGGAACUGGAAGGUGUCCAAGAACAAAACCCUCAAGGAAACACAGAUCUGCACAGUGGCACAGGAGGUGGGAAGCAGGAAGAGCUUCCCACAGCAUUCCCAGGUCAGCGAGACGAUUCCCGGAGCGACGGCGCCGCGGCGAGAGGAGCGUUGGCGGAAAAGAGGGAGCCGCGGGAGCCCGACCAGGAGGAGGGAGCGGCUGCUCCGGGGGUCCCAAGCCGCGAGGGCGAGGAGAGGAGCGUGGUGACGCAGGGCCUGCAGAGCACGUGCACUGAGCUGCAGCAGAAGGUCGAUCUCCUGAGGUGCGAGGCCGAGAAGCUCCGAGAGGAAAACGCCGUCCUGAAAAACGAAGUGACUUUGUUGAACGAGGAAGGAAGCGCUUCCAGCCUGAAACUGAGGGAGCUCAACGGAUCCAGGGAGGAAAUGAGGCAAAAGAUAGAGGCUGUGAGGAAGGAGAAAGUGGCCGUACAGAAGAUGGUUGAGAACCUGAAAAAGCAGGUGGCAGAUCUGAAGACCAGGAACCAACAGCUGGACUCUGAAAAUACGGAACUGAGCCAGAGGAACUCCAAAAAUCAAGCAGAUGUGCAGGAUCUUAAUCAGCAGCUGGCAAGGGUGCUGGAGCAAAAGGAGAGGGAGGAGGGAAAGUGUACCCUGGAAGAAUGGGAAAAGGAGAGACUGGUACUGAAACAGGAGCUGGAAAACUCCAAAAUAAAGUCCUCAAAUCUGGUGUCGUCUUUGGAGAUGGAGGUGUCCAAGAUGAAGGUUCAGGCUCAUCUGAUGGAGCAGGAGAACCACAUCCUCAAGCAGGAGCUGGAGAAGACAAAACAGCUGCCCAGGUGCCCUGAUCUCUCUGACCUCCAAAAUGAAGUUUCGAGCUUAAUGACGAAAAAUGAGAAGCUGCAGAAGGAGAAAGAAGCCCUGAGUGAGGAACUGAGCAGAUGCAUUGAUAAGGUGGUUCAGGUCAGCUGCUUGGAGAGUGCAAUCGGCAGCCUGAAGCAGGAGCAGAAAUCCUGGGAGCAGCAGAGCCAGGCACUGAAAGCACAGCUCACCAUCUCCCAGGAAAAGGUGCAGAGCCUCGAUGAGACCCUGCAGAGCACCAACCUCCAAGUGUCCCGCCUGAAAUCCGACCUGCGGGUGACGCAGCAGGAGAAGGAGACCCUGAAACAAGAGGUGGUGUCGCUGCACAAGCAACUGCAGAGCACCAGUGAAAAGAACCGGGUUCUGGAAGGGGCUGUGCCUUCCCCAGGGCUGCAGGACCAGCGGGGGCCGAGGAGUUGGGAUGAACCGGAGGAGCAGCCGAUGGAGCGGGAGCAGGGCCUGCUCAGGCAGGAGAACGAGAGGCUGCAGAGGGAAGUGCAGAGCACUAAAACAGAGCUGGCUCACUCCAGGGAGAAGAUCCGACAGCUGGAAUCCACAAUCCUUUCCCUAAAGCACCAGAAGCAUCAAAGCCAGUCAGGCAUCGUCAAAGCCAUAGAGCAGGAGAAACUGAGCCUGAAGAGGGAGUGUGAACAGCUGCAGAAGGAGCUGUCAUCUGCAAACAGGAAGAUCAGUCAGAUGAAUUCUCUUGAACAUGAACUGGAGACCAGCUCAGAAAACGAAGGGCUGAGGAAAAAGCAAGUCAAGCUGGAUGAUCAGUUAAUGGAGAUGCUCCACUCCAGCUCCAGCGGGAUGCGUAGCCAGAGCCCGCGCUCCUGGGAGCUCCAGCAGCCGGGCUGUGCCGUGGUGCCCAGGGAGCAGUUCCUGCAGCUCCAGCAGCAGCUGCUCCAGGCGGAGAGGAGGAGUCAGCGCCUUCAGGAGGAGCUCGAGGCUCGGCCCUCGGACACCAACGUGCAGCAGGGGGGUCAUGAGCAGCUCCUAAAAAUGAUGGAAGAGCGCAUGAUGGACGUGGAACAGAAACUAAGGCUUGUGAAGAGGCUUCUCCAAGAUAAAGUCAAUCAGCUGAAAGAACAACUCUCCAAGAACACCAAGGCGGACGCGAUGGUGAAGGAUCUGUACGUGGAGAACGCGCAGCUCCUCAAGGCUCUGGAGGCCACGGAGCAGCGGCAGAAGUCGGCCGAGAGGAAGAACUACCUGCUGGAAGAGAAGAUCGCCAACCUCAACAGGAUAGUGAGGAACUUGGCAUCCCCUUCCUUCAGCUCAGAGAUCAGGUCGUAGCGGAGCCGCCCCGGGGUGUGCCAGGCCCGAGCACUUUACUGGAACGCUGAUAUUUCAGCUCCUCACUGUGUUGCCUUUUCUCCUUAUUUUUUU